UGAUUCCUAUUUUGUGACUAUACUAAUUUAUUUGUCUAUGUUCAGGUUAACCAACGUUUUAUUUUCUUUUUAUGUUUUUGACGAAUAAGGUUAAGAACAAGUUGUCGUGUUAUUCUUAAUUCCAUUAUUUUAUGUUGAUUCAUUUUAUUAAGUCAUUUUAAUUGAAAUAUACCUUAAAUCUCUUUUCGCAAAAAAUUCAAAUAUCCCGCGAAAUAAAUGCGUUUUUGCAAAUAAAAAACACAUUUUAUAUUGGUUUAAUCACUUUCUCCUUGUUGUUCGCUGCAAGUUGGGCCGUGCACUUCAUUCCACAAAAACACCAUAGUAACGAAUUAACGUCAACCACAAUUUGUCAUACCUGAAAGUUAUACCGAGUUUCAUAAUGGAAGAUAUGAAGGAAAAGCUCACAACUUGCCCCUACAACAAGGCUCAUCGCAUAAGGCAAAGUAGGUUGCAUGAACAUCUUACUAAAUGUAGAAAAAAUCAUCUUGAUGCACCAAUGUCCACUUGCACUUACAAUAACCGACAUGUUGUUCCAACUCCAGAAUUACAGUAUCAUUUGAAUAUAUGUGCAGAUAGAAGAGUCACUGAGGCUAUAGCAAUGGAUGUAUUCAAAGCUUGCUCAACUCUAUAUCCAGUUCCAAAAGAUACACAAGUAGAUAAUUCUUGGGAUGAUGAUAUAAUACCGGGGAAAACAUAUGAUCCUACCGAAUAUCUAGAGAACAAUGAAAUUAUUCGUCGAAUGGACGUUGCACCCCCUUCCGUUCGUAGAAAUUUUAGAAUGCAGGAACGACAGAAAAUGGCUAAAAUUCUGGAGCAGAAAAAGAAUGCGCAGACAAACGACCCUCAACACUCGUCGACCCUACCGCCUGUCGAAAUGCCGCCACAACAGGUGAAGGAAAAUGCACCCCCGGAGGUGCAACAGUUGAUUAAUAGAAUCAAAAAUGAUCCGAAAAAAGCUUUUGUACCAAAGCACUAAAACAGUUCAUAAUAGUGCCUUUAAAUCAGUCAGUUUGAAUUUGAAUACUGUUCACAAUCACCAUGAUUUUUGUAGUUAGUUUUUUACUUUAGUGACUUGAUUUGUUUUGUUAUCCUUGUGUGGUAAUAAAUGUACACACCAUUUUA